GAAAUGUUGACUAGCCGGCAGUCGGACGGAGAGGAGUGACGUGAGUCAGACUGUCAAGUUGGUUACAAGUUUUUUUGCGGAAUUUAAUUAAAUUUUGAUAAAAUGGAUCCCCAGUUGAUUUCGUUUUUUAAUGCGGUGGACGUCGAUCGAUCCGGGCGGAUAAAUCCGACCGAGUUGCAACAAGUAUUGCAGUCGUCAAAUGGGAGGAAGUUCUCGGAAAAUGCUUGUCGUUUGAUGAUUGGCCUGUUCGACCCCGGGAACAGCGGUUCGAUUGACAUGCAAGGGUUUUCCGCCCUCUACGCCUAUGUCAACCAGUGGUUGGGAACGUUCAAAAACUUCGAUCGGAACUCCUCAGGGUUCAUCGAUGAGGGCGAACUGAGCCAAGCGAUGGGGAGCAUGGGCUACCGAUUCAGCCCCGGAUUCGUCGCCUUCCUUAUGCACAAAUUCGGGGAGGGCCAGUUCGGGUUGCCAGUGGAUGGGUUCAUCUCUGCCUGCAUCCUAAUCCACAAGUUCACGGAUGGAUUUCGAAAGAAGGACACUUCCUCCUCGGGAAUGAUUCAGAUUUCGUAUGAGGACUUUCUCCAAAUGGUUCUGACCGGGUGUUGAUUUACUAUUUCCGAUACUGUCAUUUUUUAUUCAUAACUAAAAAUAAACACUGAUGAGCAAAAGAUA